AUGGAUGAGAAGAAGUACGACUCUGGGUCCAAAGUGGCCCAGACAACCGGCGAACAGCUGCCGGCCUACGGAGACUCCGAGCCUACCAAGGGCAGCCUUGGCCGAAGAAUUAUUGAUAGCUUCAAGAGGGAUCCUAAUGCGCACAUUAACGCCGGCCACUCUGCUGGCGCCGACGGCUCUGGUUUCGAUGCCGAACAAGCUGCGCAUAAUACCGCGCAUUCGCCGCUCCAGCGUCGCUUGAAGGGUCGUCACUUGCAGAUGAUCGCCAUCGGUGGUUCAAUCGGUACCGGUCUCUUUGUUGGUUCUGGAUCUGUCCUCGCUGCCGGUGGUCCGGCCUCGGUUCUUAUCGCCUACAUUCUCAUUGGUAUCAUGCUCUACUGCACCGUCCACGCGCUGGGCGAGAUGGCCGUCUUGUACCCCGUUGCUGGUUCUUUCUCUCACUACUCAACUCGUUUCGUUGACCCGGCCUGGGGUUUUGCUAUGGGUUGGAACUAUGCGCUUCAGUGGCUGAUUGUCUUGCCCUUGGAAAUUGUCGCUGCCUCCAUCACGAUAGACUAUUGGAGUCCCGGUGUGUCGAACGCGGCUUGGGUUGCUAUUUUCUGGGUGAUGAUCGUCUCUAUCAACUUGUUCGGUGUCCGUGGUUACGGUGAGGCCGAGUUUGUGUUCUCCACUAUCAAGGUUAUUGCCGUCAUUGGAUUCAUUAUCCUCGGAAUCGUUCUGAACUGCGGUGGUGGUCCCGAAGGUGGCUACAUCGGUGGACGCUACUGGCACAACCCGGGUGCGUUCAACAAUGGCUUCAAGGGCCUUUGCAGUGUGUUCGUCAACGCUGCCUUUGCCUUCGCCGGUACCGAGUUGGUUGGUCUGGCCGCGGCCGAGACUGCCAACCCCCGCAAGUCGCUCCCCGGUGCUAUCAAGCAAGUGUUCUGGCGUAUUGCCCUCUUCUACGUGGUCUCCCUUACCCUGGUUGGCCUCCUCGUCCCAUUCGACACCGAGCGCCUCGUCACCGGUAGCUCGUCGGCCGAUGCACACGCAUCUCCCUUCGUCAUUGCCAUUGAGAACGCCGGUAUCAAGGGUCUGCCCUCCGUCAUGAACGUCGUCAUUAUGAUUGCGGUCUUGUCCGUCGGUAACUCCUCCGUCUACGGUUCUUCGCGUACCCUCGCUGCUCUCGCCGAGCAGGGCCAAGCUCCCCGCUUCCUGGCUUACAUUGACCGCAAGGGCCGUCCUCUCUGGUCAAUCUGCGUCGCCUCAGCCAUCGGUCUGCUUUGCUUCCUGGCUGCCUCGGACAAGCAGACUGUCGCCUUCGCAUGGAUGAUGGCUAUUUCUGGUCUUUCAUCCGUCUUCACCUGGGGCUCUGUCUGCCUGGCCCACAUCCGAUUCCGCCGCGCCUGGCACGUUCAGGGCCACAGCCUGGACGAGCUGGCGUUCCGCUCUCAGCCCGGUGUCAUUGGUUCCUGGAUCGGUUUUAUUUUCAACUGCCUCGUUCUGGUCGCUCAGUUCUGGGUUGGGUUCGCCCCCGUUGGCUACAAGGAGAAGACCGCCUCGGAGCUGGUGUAUUCUUUCUUCUCUAGCUACCUGGCCGCCCCCGUCGUGUUGGCCUUUUACAUCCCUUACAAGAUCUGGUACCGCACUAAGGUUGUCCGAUCUCACGAGGUCGACCUCGACACUGGUCGUCGUGACUUGGACAUCCAGCACUUGAUUGACCAGGAGCGGGCAGAGCAGGCUGCUUGGCCCAGGUGGAAGAAGAUCUACAAGCUCUUCUGCUAG